ACCACAAGCAACCGUUCUCUUUCCUCCUUUCCUCCUUUCCUUUCCUUCUUCCCCUUUCCCCACACGUCGAUCAUCCGCCGGCAUAUGUCUCAGAGGCCCGCCGUCCCCCACUCCUCCUCCGUCGCCUUCGGCCACCACUCCGGUCUCCUCGUCUCCAGCGACAUGAACCCCAACUCCAACUGGUAAGGAAAGGAAAGGAAAGGAGACCGGCAGCAGGAAGAUAUCCUUCCCAUCCCGGCAUUGAUUCCGGCGAGGCGUCGCGGCGAUAUAAUACGUCGAGUUCCGGUUUGGUCGUGUGUUUCGGCCGGAGUUUUGUAGGAUGGGUGUCAAGGGAUUCGUGGAAGGAGGCAUAGCCUCGAUCGUGGCCGGUUGCUCCACCCACCCUCUUGACCUUAUCAAGGUCCGCAUGCAGCUUCAGGGCGAGGGGCACGCUCCUCCCAACCCCUCCGUCCAGAACCUGCGCCCCGCCCUCGCGUUCCGGGCGCCGGCCGGGGCUCACGUGGCGCCCCCGCCGCCGCCGCCGACGCCGCCGCUGACGCGAGUCGGGCCGGUCGCGGUGGGCGCGCGGAUCCUCCGGCAGGAAGGCGUGGCCGCGCUGUUCUCCGGCGUGUCCGCCACCGUCCUCCGCCAGACCCUCUACUCCACCACCCGGAUGGGACUCUACGACAUCCUCAAGCAGAAGUGGACCGACCCGGCCACCGGGAACAUGCCGCUGACCCGGAAAAUCGUGGCCGGGCUCAUCGCUGGCGGCAUCGGUGCGGCCGUCGGGAACCCGGCGGACGUGGCCAUGGUGCGGAUGCAGGCGGACGGGCGGCUCCCGCCGGAGCAGCGCCGGAACUACCGGAGCGUGGUGGACGCGAUCCAACGGAUGGCGCGGCAGGAGGGGGUGGCGAGCCUGUGGCGGGGGUCGUCGCUGACCGUGAACCGGGCGAUGCUGGUGACCGCGUCGCAGCUGGCGUCGUACGACCAGAUCAAGGAGACCAUCCUGGCCAAGGGGUUGAUGAAGGACGGGCUUGGGACGCACGUGACGGCGAGCUUCGCGGCCGGGUUCGUGGCCGCGGUGGCGUCGAACCCCGUGGACGUGAUCAAGACCAGGGUGAUGAACAUGAAGGUGGAGGAGGGGCGGGAGCCGCCGUACAGCGGGGCGGCGGACUGCGCGCUGAAGACGGUGAGGGCGGAAGGGCCGAUGGCGCUGUACAAGGGGUUCAUCCCCACGAUAUCGCGGCAGGGGCCGUUCACGGUGGUGCUCUUCGUCACCCUCGAGCAGGUCCGGAAGCUGCUCAAGGAUUUCUAAAGACGUUGAUGACGACGACGAUGAUGGCGAUAAUUCUAGGAUUUCUUCAAUUAGGGAAUAAAAUAAAGAUUGGAACAAAAUAAUAUAAGAUGAAUUCUAUAUAGUUUUUAAUUUAGAUUACGUGACUUGCAACU